GGCGGGUGAAGAAAGUCCACUCCCGCCCCUCUCUUCUCUUCAGCAAGAGAGAGGAAGACGACAAUGGCGACGCAGAACGAAUCAAACCAAAACCAUAUCCAUAUCUAUAUAUGUAUGUAUAUAUUAUGAGUAAAACUGCAGGGAAGUUGGGAGUAAAAUAAUCGGAGCUUACGAAUAUCUGCCGUGUCUUUAUCGAUUAUAUUAAUGGCCGAUGGAUGCAACCAACCUGACGACACCGCCGCAUCACUCUCGGCAGCAGAUCGCUUUCACACUCGAUGGAAAGGCAUGGAUGCAAUCACCAUCUCCUACUAUUUGAUGGCUUUGCCUCUCUGGUUCUAGGGUUUCGAGCUGCGGGACUUGAGUUAUUAUUGCGCGUUUGACUCGAAGUUUAAAGCCACAAGGAUGCCGAAGCCAAUGAUGUAUGGAUGUAUUUUCACCUUUUAUUGUUGCUGCUUGGCUCUCCUUGCAGCUGCACAAGUAACCGAUCCUUCUGAAGUUAGCGCAUUGCGAGAUGUGAGAAGCAGUCUAGAUGAUCCUAUGAAGCACCUCCAAAACUGGAGCAGAGGAGAUCCGUGUGUGUCGAAUUGGCCAGGAGUUUUUUGCUAUGAUACCGUCGACCUUGAUGGCUAUCUGCAUGUCAGGGACCUGCAUCUGCUUAAUAUGAAUCUUUCUGGAAGCCUUUCACCUGCUUUGGGAAAACUAACCCUUCUUCAGAUUCUGGACUUCAUGUGGAAUCAAAUAAGUGGGGAGAUACCAAAGGAGAUUGGGAAUAUUGCCUCCUUGAAGCUCUUGCUCUUGAAUGGUAACAGUCUAUCAGGCUCAUUACCCGAUGAGCUCGGCAACCUCUCAAAUUUGACUAGGCUUCAAUUUGACGAGAACAAUAUAUCAGGUCCACUACCGAAAUCAUUUGCUAACUUGAGUAAUUUGAGACACCUCCAUUUGAACAACAACUCAAUCAGUGGGCAAAUUCCUCCUGAGCUUUCAAAUAUGUCCAGACUUCUUCAUUUACUUUUGGAUAAUAACAACCUGUCUGGGAGUCUUCCGCGUGAAAUCUCAUACUUACCAAAGUUGGCUAUCCUCCAACUUGACAACAACAACUUUGAUGGUUCUGAAAUACCAGCAACUUAUGGAAAUCUUUCGACAUUAUCUAAACUGAGUCUUAGAAAUUGCAGUUUGGUGGGGCAAAUACCUGAUCUGAGCAGGAUCCAAAAUCUUAGCUAUGUUGAUCUUAGCAGGAAUCGUCUCUCCGGACCUAUACCAUCAAAUAAACUUUCUGAAAAUGCGACAACUAUUAAUCUGUCAAACAACAAUCUCAAUGGAUCUAUCCCAUCAGGUUUUUCGGAUCUUCCUUCGCUUCAAAAACUGUCUCUUGCGAAUAAUACACUGACUGGAUCCAUCCCUGCAAGCUUGUGGCAGAAUAUCACCUUCAUCCCAAAUGCUAAGCUUACAGUUGAUCUACAGAACAAUUUGCUCUCGACCAUUGCAGGACAACUGAAUCCUCCAGAGAAUGUCACCCUUAGACUCGGAGGCAAUCCUGUUUGCAGUAAUGCAAAUGUACCAAAUAUCGCUCAGUUUUGCAUAUCUCAGACUCAAGGAGAUGAGCAACUUCCGAAUUCAACAAAUUCUACUUGUCCGGUUUACUCGUGCCCUACGGACAAUAACUACGAAUAUGUUCCUGUAUCACCUGUGCCUUGCUUUUGUGCUGCGCCUCUCAGGAUAGGCUAUCGGCUGAAGAGCCCCAGUGUUUCUUAUUUCCCUCCGUACAUUGAUCUCUUUGAAACUUACUUGACUAGUUCUCUUAAGUUGGAGCGGUAUCAACUCUCUAUUGAUUCAUUUUCCUGGGAAGUUGGACCCCGGCUCAGGAUGUAUUUGAAGAUAUUCCCACCAGUGAGCAAUCAGUUGCAUUAUUUUAAUGCUACAGAGGUUCAGCGGAUUAGACGCAUCUAUACAUCUUGGGAUUUUCCUCGUACUGACUUAUUUGGACCAUACGAGCUCCUCAAUUUCACUCUCCUGGGACCUUACUCCUCUUCGGUGCUUCCAACGCAAAACUCGGGCAUUAGUAAGGGGAUAAUAGUGGCCAUUGUACUAGCAGCAGUUGCCUGUGCAGUGUCAAUCUCUGCUCUAAUCACAUUCCUCAUCAUUAGAAGGAGCAAGGGAAACCAGAAUUCACUAUCGAGGAAACAUCUUUCAUCGAAAAUUUCAAUAAAGAUUGAAGGUGUGAAAGCGUUCACAUUCCGACAGAUGGCACAAGCUACCAACAACUUUAAUAGCUCAAGUAAAGUUGGACAAGGAGGCUAUGGGAAGGUUUACAAAGGUAUUUUAUCUGAUCACGCAGUUGUGGCUAUAAAACGGGCUGAAGAAGGAUCACUGCAGGGCCAAAGAGAAUUCUUAACAGAGAUAAAAUUGUUAUCGAGGUUGCAUCAUCGAAACCUGGUGUCCUUGGUGGGAUACUGCGAUGAAGAAGGGGAACAGAUGUUGGUGUAUGAGUUCAUGCCCAAUGGCACCUUGCGGGAUUGGAUUUCUGGUAAGACUAAGGAGUACCUCAACUUUGGUAUGAGGCUACGGAUCGCCUUAGGUGCAGCCAAGGGAAUCCUUUAUCUCCACACCGAAGCUAAUCCUCCAGUUUACCACCGUGAUAUUAAAGCCAGCAACAUCCUCUUGGACUCCAAGCUCACUGCCAAAGUCGCCGAUUUUGGUCUCUCACGGCUUGCUCCGCUCCUAGACGAAGAAGGAGCUGUUCCUCAUCAUGUUUCAACAAUCGUCAAGGGAACGCCGGGAUACCUUGAUCCGGAAUAUUUCUUGACGCACAAGUUAACAGACAAGAGUGAUGUCUACAGCCUUGGAGUAGUAUUCUUGGAGCUCUUGACCGGAAUGCAGCCGAUAUCACACGGCAAGAAUAUCGUUCGCGAGGUAAAUAUGGCGAAUCAAUCGGGAAUGAUGUUCUCAAUCAUAGACAGCAAGAUGGGCUCUUACCCAUCAGAAUGCAUCGAGAAGUUUGUGACUCUAGCCCUCAUGUCCUGUGAUGACAAGCCCGACAGACGUCCAUCAAUGCUAGAUGUGGUUAGGGAGCUGGAAAGCAUCCUCAGGAUGAUGCCUGAGACCGAUGCUUUAUUCUCGGAUACUGCCUCAAUGUACUCGAGCAAGUCGUUCGCUGAAUCUUCUUCCUAUGCAAGUCGGGAAAGGUACCCCUCUUCUACCGUGUCAGGGAGCGAUCUCAUUAGCGGAGUUGUUCCAACAAUAUCACCUCGAUAAAUAGCGGCUGUUGCGCGAGUCUAUGAUGAGUUCCUAUACUUCGAGAAGUGAUUUUGUGUAAUUAUUGUGCAUAUAAGUUACGAGUUUCCAUCCGUUUUGACUUUGUAAAUGCAAUAUAAACUUGAAUUCCGUUAGAAAAAUGACCUAAUUGGAAACAAAA